UUUUGUGAAAAUGGAUGUCGAGCGAGAGGCGGAGAAAAGACCGCUCUCCACCUUGUCUGCGUUUAGUUACAUCCCUCCCAAACGAACGGAACCAAAAGAAAUGUCUUAUUUUAACCGAGAAUCUCAGGAUAAGCAGGCACCAGAGAUCACCAUGUUUGACAGGGUGCACAACCAGGCGGAGGGAUUUGACUUGAAGCUACAUCGGGAUGACAGGAGGCACUGGAAGGGAAGAGGGCUAGACAUAUACAAUGAGGAGAAGUCCCGAGUGGUCCCUGUGCGUGCCUCAUCAGAGUACGGCCAUCGUCUGGUCCCAGUACAUGGCAGUCGACCGCAGCACGCAUGUGUGGCUCGCAUGAACGCAGAGUUUUUCAUGAAGAAUGGAAUCAUCUGGAAUGUGGCAGAAGGCUAUGGAUCUGUGACUCCUUUUUAA